CGGCACACGAUGUCAUCUCAAGCAUGAUGGGAAUCCGCCAGACUCUGCUCUCGGCGGUCCUCUUCGACAUACCCCCUGUCUGCUCACCACUGGUGAGCGAGUUGAUCGCAGAUUACCACACGAGUACUGGUCUACCCGAACAUCCUUAUCGCGACGCAUACAUCAUCGUUUUACUUCCCGGAGAAUCGACGAUUGGGAAACAACAUGAUCUGCUACUUCUCCCUCUGUCGCGGGCUGGGAAUCCGGUAGUCAGCGUAGUGGACGUGGAAGGGAAGGUCUUGGAUAUGGACUGGGGGGCCCGGGAUUAUUUCCGAAUACAGGAAAUGUGUAGAUUCCGUGUCUCGGAGCGUGGCAGGGUCAGUGCCCUGUGUGUGGUGUUUCCGAGGACUUGAUCUAUUAUGUGUAGUUCAUUACGAGUGUCUGCGAGUCUGUGAAUUGUAAUGAUAUAAUGAUAUGACAACCAGGCAGAGAGAUAUGCGGGCCAGAGGGCGCU